AUGGAGACUGAGUUUGGAGUUACUCUUGCCCAACUCUAUGAGUGGAAUCCCAGCAUUGGAAAAACAUGUACGAACCUUUGGCUCGGAUAUGCCUACUGCGUCAAGGGUCCCACCGCCACGGCGAGUAGCUCAGCUGGUACGCCUACACAGACUGGCAUCGCGUCCAAUUGCAACGAAUAUUAUACGGUCGUUUCCGGGGACUCGUGCGCGGCGGUCGAGGGUGCGUUCGAAAUAACAUUUGCGCAGCUGUACGAAUGGAAUCCGGUGAUUGGGUCAGAUUGUCAGUAUUUGGAUGUUGGCUAUGCCAUUUGUGUUGGCGUUUCAUAG